AUGGAGUCAUAUGUUGAUGUCUUAUCACCUAAAUGCUCUCGAUCAACUGGAUUUUCCCCUGGUCCUGGCAAAAGACAGAAGUUAUCAAAUGUUGUUGACCACACGAAUCCAUUUGCAAUAUCUGAUGUUGUGGUUCGUAUAGAGAAUAAAAAAUUUGGAAGUGUCACAAAAGACAUAGAGGCCCUUGUAGCCCGAAAAAUGCAGAUACUUGGACCUUACUUCGCAAAGUACCCCGGACUUGUCAAUCAAUUGAUGAAUGUGGUAAAUGACCACGAUGAAGACACUCUUAUGUUAGAAGAUGAUCGAGGCACUUGUUUGACACAUUCUAAUGUCGUAGAUUUUGAGGGGGAAAACACCGAGAAGUAUUUUCAGGCAGCACCAAUUCCUGCCGUGAUUCGCAUUGAUUCAGAUGAAGAAUAUGAUGGAGAUAAAAAUUCUAUUGUUCCAUUUCAUGAAGCUUCAGAAGAGGUAGAUGAUAGACAUGAUAAAUCUAUUGUUCCGUUCCAUGAAAUUAUGUUGCCGAGGCUGGUUGCACCGUCUUCUGUUGUGAUGAAUACAAUUGGGUUCACUCCCUUUCCUUAUCAUGGCGAAAGUAAAGAUCUGAAAAUUGAGACAAGUAUGGGGGGUAAAGGUAGAACUACGGGAGAUAAAGGUGUUUAUAUUGGUGUAAAGGAGGAAGGGGAUUAUCAAGUUGAUACCGUGGACAAUGAUAGCCUGGAAGAUAUUUGGAAGGAGAUGUCAAUGGCAAUGGAGUGUUCCAAAGUUGUUUCCGCUAAUCCUCUGCCAGAUGAAGAAGUUGAAACAGACGAUGAAGAAUCGGAAAGAGAUGAGGACUGUGAUCAUUUUUUUAUUUUAAAAGAUGAUAUUGGUUAUGUUUGUCGAGUUUGCGGCAUUAUUGACCGAAAAAUUGAAACCAUAUUUGAGUUUCAGUACAAGGUUAAACGGAGCACAAGGACUUAUGCGUCUGACUCUUGUAAUACCAAAGCAGAUGUACUUGGAGUUAAUGUUGCUGAAGAUGAUCUUAAGAUAACAGAAUUCUCAGCACAUCCUAGACAUAUGAAACGGAUGAAACCCCAUCAAAUUGAAGGAUUCAAUUUUCUAGUUAGGAAUCUUGCGGGUGAUCAUCCUGGUGGCUGCAUCUUAGCCCAUGCUCCAGGAUCAGGAAAAACGUUCAUGAUUAUUAGUUUCAUGCAAAGUUUUCUAGGCAUAUAUCCGAAUGCGAGACCCUUAGUGGUGCUUCCUAAGGGAAUAUUGUCAACCUGGAAAAAGGAGUUCCAAACAUGGCAAGUGGAGGACAUACCUCUAUAUGACUUUUACACAGUGAAGGCAGAUAGUAGAAGUCAACAACUAGAAGUGUUGAAGCAAUGGGUGGAUAAGAAGAGUAUUCUUUUCUUAGGAUACAAACAGUUCUCCUCUAUUGUCUGUAAUGAUGGGACCAACAAUACUUCUUUAUCUUGCCAAGAGAUUUUACUCAAGAUUCCUUCAAUUCUUAUUUUAGACGAGGGGCAUAAUCCAAGAAAUGAAAACACAGAUAUGGUUCAAUCCAUUGUUAAAGUUCACACACCUAGAAAAGUUGUUCUCUCAGGAACACUUUAUCAAAAUCAUGUCAAGGAGGUGUUUAACAUUCUAAAUCUUGUUCGUCCAAAAUUUUUGAAGAUGGAAACAUCUAAGCCUAUCGUCAGGCGCAUUCAUAGUAGAGUUCAUAUACAAGGUGUUAGAAGCUUCUAUGAUCUUGUUGAAAACAUUUUGAAGGGCACAGAUUUUAAAAGUAAAGUUGCCGUCAUACGUGAUUUGCGCGAGAUGACAAGCAAUGUCCUUCAUUAUUAUAAAGGGGAUUUUCUUGAUGAGCUUCCUGGUCUCGUUGAUUUUACUGUGGUACUCAAUCUUAGCCCUAAACAAAAGCUUGACAUUGAAAAAUUAAAGAAGUCAUCUGGAAAGUUCAAGAUAUCUUCUAUAGGCAGUGCUGUCUAUUUGCACCCUAAACUGAAAACUUUAGCUGAAAAAUGUGGAGAAAAUAAUAUAUCUGAUGACAUAAUUGAUGCUUUGAUAGAAAAAUCAGAUGCUAGAGAUGGUGUGAAGUCCAAAUUCUUUUUGAACAUGCUCAAUUUGUGUGAAUCAGCUGGCGAGAAACUUCUAGUAUUUAGUCAGUACUUGCUCCCUUUGAAAUAUUUGGAAAGGUUAACCAUGCAAUGUAAAGGCUGGAGUCUAGGAAAGGAAAUAUUUGUAAUCUCAGGAGAAUCAAGCUAUGAGCACCGAGAAUGGUCCAUGGAAAGAUUUAACAAUUCUCCUGAUGCCAAAGUCUUUUUUGGCUCUAUAAAGGCUUGUGGAGAGGGUAUAUCAUUGGUCGGGGCAUCACGCAUAGUUAUUUUGGAUGUUCACCUUAAUCCUUCUGUUACUCGCCAAGCUAUUGGUCGUGCGUUCAGACCGGGCCAGCAGAAGAAAGUCUUUGUGUAUCGAUUGGUGUCUGCUGAUUCUCCAGAAGAGGAGGAUCACAACACUUGUUUCAAGAAGGAAUUCAUUUCAAAAAUGUGGUUUGAAUGGAACGAGUAUUGUGGUGAUCGAGCAUUUGAAGUUGAGGAAGUUGAUGUGAAAGAUUGUAGCGAUAUGUUUCUUGAAAGUCCAUUGCUGGGGGAAGAUGUAAAAGCUCUGUACAAAAGGUAG